CACUACCAGAUGUGAUUUCCCAUCUAGCCAUUUUUCUUCUUCUUGAUUACUCUGAACACGAGAAUGUCCUUCUUUCAAGUCGAAAUGUCCGAUGAUAAUGCACAAGCCUCGACAUACAUCAAAUCGGCUAUCUUGGGGCAUUCAGGUCUGUCAUUACCUCAAGGUUCCAAAUCCCUGAAAAAGUCGGAGGUGGGUCGGCGAUCUCAUACCUCAUGUAUCGUCCUGCGAAACCAACGAUCCGCAUUCUGGGCUAUGGAAAUAUUUUGGGUGGUUUUAUCGCCGUCGGCCCCAUCGUACUCUCCCUCCUUCCCAACCUUACCAACCAAAGCCUCACGGACGUUAUUAACCUCGUCGAGUAAGGAAGUUGGGGCCGAUGACCAUACGGGGAUGUACCAAGAGUCCAUUUUACAAGUCGGAUGGUUCAAGCAGCUCGAUUCAGCAAGUUCACAGCCGGUAGUAGCAAGGGGUUCUAUCGUGGUAACGUGGCGUCGGUUGACAACAACACUAACAUUAUGUGACAUCGAAGCUGAUGCCAGAAAAGGCAACGCGGACCUUGUUGCGAACCGGAGGGUCAUCGACGCGAUGAGAAAGCAGGCCGAAGAGGAAUCGAACAAGGUAGCUCGGGAACUCAACGAUAAGGGGGCAAAAUAGCGCCUGCUAGCGUAGCCCUUUCGGUAAGUAAACCCUUCCUGAAGGAUUCAGCUAGGUCGUCUGCAGGGAGAUGGACUUCAGGGAACAUCGAGCCGGAACCUUUUCAUAGCAAGUGGAUUGUUUUCUGGUCGAGAAUCCGACCUGACGAUAACGGCCGUUGAAAUACCUGAGCAACAGUUCAGAGGUGCCUUACGCUCAUGCGGGCUGUCGAGAACAAGUGUAUGAAGAAAUCCUUGUUAAGGUACCUGGAAAACAUCCAGCAAGCUCCCCAUGAUUAUUACGCUUGUCCCACACCAAAUCCUACAUCUGCCAUGAUCAGUAAAAUAAGUUAG